AUGCAGCUCAAUAACUCAUCAUCUUAUGGAGGCUCUACGGUCGCCCUUGAGAUGCCGUCGCGGUCCCAUCAACCGCAGGAUAUGGGCAAGAGGCCACCCGUCUAUGAAGAUAUAUCAGCUGGAGCCUUGCCUCCUCCCUCGACCGCUACACCUCAAUUGCAAAAAUGGAACUCCCCCAGAAUCAACUUGUGGCGCUGUCUGGGAACCUUCUAUUCUUUCAUUAUCUUGGGUGCCAACGACGGUGCAUACGGAGCGCUAAUACCCUACCUCGAAACAUUCUACGGCGUCAACUAUACGGUCAUCAGUUUGAUAUUUCUAUCCCCCAUAGUUGGUUACACGAUGUCUGCUCUAUUGAACAACUACAUUCAUACCGUGUACGGACAAAGGGGAGUUGCGUGGAUCAUGAGCAUGUCCCAUUUGUGUGCUUACACCGUCAUAUGCGUUCACCCACCUUAUCCAGUUUUGGUAAUAGUGUUUAUUCUCGCCGGCUUUGGUAAUGGCUUGGGCGACAGCGGCUGGAAUGCCUGGAUUGGCGACAUGGCUAACCCAAACGAAGUGCUUGGCUUCUUGCACGGCUUUUACGGCCUUGGUGCCGCACUCUCGCCUCUGAUCGCGACAACACUGGUCACUAAAGCGGGCUGGCGAUGGUACGAGUUUUACUAUCUUAUGGUGGGUGCAGCAGCUAUUGAGGUUGUAGUUCUCGUCGGCACUUUCUGGAAAGCAGACGGACGGGCGUAUAAAGCUGAGCAUCCCCAGACCGCCGAUAUGGAAACCUCCGAAUCAAGCACUCCUACCUCAGAUAACACUGUUGCCGGCAGUCCAGUCGACAAGCAACGAAGUAUUUUCGCUAAACUCAAUCCACUCCGCAAAAGAGCGAAGGGCAAGAGCAAGACUCUGGAAGCGGUGAAGCAGAAGGUGACCAUGCUCGCCUCGGUGUUUCUGCUUAUCUAUGUGGGUGUCGAGGUCAGUGUUGGUGGCUGGAUUGUGACCUUCAUGUGGCAUGUCAGGAAAGGCUCGCCGUUUGCCUCCGGCCUCACAUCGACGGGCUUUUGGUUGGGCAUCACCGUCGGUCGAUUAAUACUCGGCUUCGUGACAGCUCGGGUAUUCAAGUCAGAAAAGCACGCGAUAGCCGUGUACUUGUUGUGCAGCGUGGCCCUUCAGUUGAUGUUCUGGCUCAUUCCCAACUUCGUCGUCAGCGCCGUCAUGGUUGGCAUGCUGGGCUUUUUCUUGGGGCCUCUGUUCCCCGCAGCCAUUGUGGCCCUCACCAAGUUGCUCCCCAAGAGGCUGCAUGUACCCGCGGUGGGGUUUGCCGCUGCUUUUGGGGCGAGUGGUGCCUGUGUGCUGCCAUUUGCUGUUGGGGCAAUUGCAAAUGCAAAGGGAGUCAAGGUGUUGCAACCCAUCAUUUUGGCCGCCCUAGUGCUGUGCUUGGCUGUGUGGCUGUUGGUUCCCAAGCUCCCCAAACAAAGGAUGGCGUGA